CACGUGGUUCAUCCCGCACGACGUCACCGCUUUUCAGCUUCCAAGUUGCAACUACAGCACAACAUCCCCCUCAACAUGGAGGAGUUAAACCUCUACAUUCUAACCUCGAACUGUGCCCGGAACCUGAUAGAUAUCGAUCUUGUCGCAGCCCACUUCUUCGAUGUCCUCCCCUCGUCGAGUCCAGCCCCGGAGCUGAUCAUGCUUUCAUUACAGGAGCUCGCUCCGAUCGCAUAUUCCUUCCUGGGCGGCUCAUAUCUACUCCCGUACUUUGAUGCGUUCAUCAAGGCAGUCAAGAAAGCGACUGCGAAACAAUGGAACGAGUCUUAUGUCAACCUAGUCAAAGACCACACCGGCAUGACGGGGUUAAUGGUCUUUGCACGCGCUGAUAUUGUGGACAGGAUAUCGUGUAUCGAUACCGCGCAUGUCGGAUUUGGGUUACAGGAUAUGGGAAACAAGGGCGCGGUCAGUGCUCGGCUGAAAUAUGCCGUAGAGGGACCAACGUCUCAAGCAGCGGAUUUGACGUUCGUCGCGGCGCAUUUGGCGCCCAUGGAGGAUGGGUUGGCAAAGCGGAACCUGGAUUGGCAGAGUAUCGUUGAGCGAUCGGUCUUUUCCCAGGGACUAGGCUCACCUCGGGCGGUAGAAGGCGACAGCCAGACAGACGAAAGCACCUCUCUGCUGAAUGAGCGUCCCAAUGCCUCGUCGCAUACCAUCUUCGCUCCUAAUUCACAUCUCUUCCUAGCCGGAGACCUCAACUAUCGCACAUCCGACGUCAGUCCGCUCAAGGGCGAUGCCAUACGCUUCCCCAAGCGCAACGCCGACCCCAGCAGCCCUUCUCAUUACUCCCACCUCCUCCAAGAAGACCAGCUUUCGCGCGAGAUGCGAGCAGGCAGGGCUUUCCAGGGUCUCUCUGAAGCCCCCAUCACUUUUCCUCCAACGUACAAAUUCUCCGAUGCAGCGCAACAGGCUGCCCGUCGGGCCCUAGAGACCGGCGACUCGGAUACGGAGUGGAAAUGGUCCUCACACCGGUGGCCCAGCUGGUGCGACCGCAUCCUGUACCUGGACAACGCAUCGUCACGCGAUCCUGGCGAGGGCGCAGCUCAGCGGACAGUCAAACCAGUCGUGUACGACGCGCUCCCACUCUUUCCUCACUCGGAUCAUCGCCCUGUCGUGCUGGCUGUUAGCGUGGCUCUGGGACCUUCCGAUCACAUGGCUGGCGAUGCGAACGGUGUGAGCGAGACUAAAACUGUGGCUCCGUUUGCAAUCGAUCCUACCUGGCGGUCUCGGCGGGAUGCGGCGCGGCGGAAGGAAAUUGUCGUCGGUGUGUUGGCGUACCUGGGGUUGACUUGGGAGGGGAAUGGGAUGGUGCUUGCGUCCGUGGUGGGCCUGGUAGGUGCAUGGGUUGUGCUGAGGUCGAUGUGGGGGAUGUGAAGGGCAAGGCAGUGCCAUGAGGCGAUCAUUGGGAGUUGGGGGGAGUGCGGAUUGAUUUGGCCUGUUUCGAAUUCCAUCAAGAUGAGCAGCAGGGAUGACGAAUAUAAGUGUUUCGGGAUGUUUCUUUGGGAAACGCAUCAGGCAAUGAAUUGACAUGGGGUAAAAUACAACCUCAUUAAUCGUGUUGCCGUGUCAGUUAUUUCCCAAGGCCCAUCCACGGCUGUGCAGUUUGUCUUGCCUCGUCCAUAUCCCCGGUUUAAUACAUAAGAUCCCUCCUCUUCAUCAAACGACCUCGACUGCGCCCUCAGUGUAUCCUAUUGGUUCGACUAGGGAAUGUAGGGCCAGCCACCAGCCCCUAUUCGGCUCAUUCGGGUGUCUGUAGGCUCUGCACGGAAACGCUGCACUAUGACGAAAUUCCCAUGGGAUUAAACACUCAAAGAAUAACAAAUUGCGGCUGACACUGCCCAUCCGUCCGAGCGGGCCGCUAUCGAGCAGGGAUCGGCCAAGGACAGUGGAAUCUGUGCGAUGGAUACUAUACUCAAUAAUCAAUAAUCUAUCCGCCGACUCCGGACUGAUCAAAGCCUAGGCCGUUGGCCAGAGGUCUAGUCCUCCCUCUGGAAAAAGGAAACAAGCCAGAACCAAAAAAAUCCCAGUAAC